UAUUAGGCUGAACAGAAGUCAAGGACUGUGGAAGGACUGAAGACACCUGCCAGUCAAGACUUACCAGAAAGAGACCAACGCUCUCCAUCGCUCUUUCUACCUAUUCUCUUUGUUUGUCAUUCUUUCUCUAUCCCCACUCUCUCUCUAAUGGGAGUAACUUAGAACACGUUGCUCCAUCUCAUGCCCCUGCCCCUUCCUGCCCCUCCGUGGUGACGGGAGCGCCCAGCAGGAAGUGAUGUCGUGGAAGAGGAACUACUUUGCGUCAGGCGGUGGCAGCGGAGGUCCUGGUGGAGGGCUACAGGGACUGAUCACGACCCCUCGGACUAUGGCCUCCUUCGCCCCGAGUAAAGGCCUCAGCAACGAACCUGGACAGAACAGCUGCUUCCUUAACAGUGCUCUGCAGGUCCUGUGGCAUCUGGAUAUCUUCCGUAGAAGUUUCCGCCAGCUGACCACCCACAAGUGUAUGGAAGACUCCUGUAUCUUCUGUGCCCUCAAGAGUAUCUUUGCCCAGUUCCAGUUCAGCAGUGAGCGUGUGUUACCGUCGGACAUGUUGCGGAGCGCACUAGCCAAGACCUUCCAGGACGAACAACGCUUCCAGCUGGGGAUCAUGGACGACGCAGCAGAAUGCUUUGAAAACCUGCUGAUGCGUAUCCAUUUCCACAUCAGCGCAGAGACCAGAGAGGAUAUCUGUACGGCUAAACACUGUAUACCACACCAGAAGUUUGCCAUGACGCUGUUCGAACAGUGUGUGUGCAGUAGUUGUGGAGCCUCAUCGGACCCCCUUCCCUUCAUUCAGAUGGUUCACUACAUCUCUACCACGUCCCUCUGUAACCAGGCGGUGAGGAUGUUAGAGUGUAGAGAGAAGCCCACCCCCAACAUGUUUGGAGAGCUGCUCCGCAACGCCAGCAACAUGGGAGACCUACGCAACUGCCCGAGUAACUGUGGGGAGGUGUUGCGUAUCCGCCGUGUGUUGAUGAACUCUCCAGAGAUAGUGUCCAUCGGCCUGGUGUGGGACUCAGACCACUCUGACCUAGCUGAGGACGUCAUUCACAGCCUGGGCACCUGUCUACACCUGGGGGAUUUGUUUUACCGUGUGACAGAGGAGAGGGCUCGUCAGGCCGAGCUGUACCUGGUUGGUAUGGUGUGUUACUAUGGCAAACACUACUCCACAUUCUUCUUCCAGACUAAGAUACGGAAGUGGAUGUACUUCGACGACGCUCAUGUCAAAGAGAUCGGUCCUAAGUGGAAGGACGUGGUGGCACGCUGUAUAAAGGGUCACUACCAGCCUCUAUUGCUGCUCUAUGCUGACCCCCGGGGGACGCCGGUGGUAUCACAGGACAUCUCCCUCUCUAACCCCCAGCUGGACCUGCUGCACUGCAGCAAGGCAGGAUAUGAGAGCGAGGACUCUGGACGGGAACCCUCCAUAUCCAGUGAUACCCGUACAGAUUCCUCUGACAGCUCCAGCCACCGAGCAUCUCGAAAUCGCCCUCUCCGCCAGUCCAACAAAACGCAGACCAUCGUUGUCGGUAACCAUGACAACAGCGCACCGCUACACAGUGCAGUUGCAGCAGCAGAGACCCCCCUCUGCCCCCCCUCCCCUCCCCUGCAGCAGGGUGACUAUAAAGAGACAGCUGUGUUCCUCCUUUCCUCUCGUCGUCCCACGUCAUCUUGCUCUUCCUCCCAUCCUCUCUCCUCAUGUUCCUUCCAUCCCCCCUCCUCUACCUGUUCCUCCUAUCCCGCCUCCUCCUCCUGCUCUUCCUCCCGUCCCAUGUCCUCUUCCUCCUCCUCGGGGAUAGGGGGGUCUGUGCUGGGAUCUGAGGCAGGGGCCGUGGGGCCACACUGGGAGGAUGAGAGCACCAGCAGCGAGUCCAAGUCUAGUUCGCCUGGGGGUCAAAGUUACCGGCCGGCCUGGAGACCACGGAGGGAAGCCCUGAACAUCGACAGCAUCUUCACCCGCCAGAGAGGCUCUCCGCUGGGCUACAGCACCUUGCCUGGGCCCCCUCUACCUUCACAGUUUCAACAACACUGUCCAACUAACACGGCUGAUCUGCAGGGGGCAAGAGAGAGGGCCGGGGGUGUAGGUGGUGUGGGGGGAGAUACGGAGGGGGUGGCAGGGAUGCAUGGGUUGCUAGGCAACAGCACGGACUGCCCCCCUCCUCCCCCGUUGAGAGGGGCGGAGUCUCAGCCUCGUCUGAUCCAGAGGAUGGAGAGUGGUUAUGAGAGCAGCCCUGACAGGGAGGUAGGUCAGAAGCGUGUGUUGAUGUCUGGUCCAUCGUGGCGCACGGUGCCCAAGUCUAAGAGCACCAGUGCCAUCGUGCAGGAGCUGCCAGCACCUCGCUGGGGCUGCAACAACAACCUGGGCGCUGGCCGUAGCGAGCUGAAUGACCUUCAGGAGGACGUAGUGAGGAGAGCGAGGCAGCAGGAGCAGCAGAGGAGGAAAGAAUCGGAGAGAGAAGCUGCCGUGGGAUUCAACCCCAGACCCUCCAAAUACAUGGACUUAGACCAGCUACAACACCAAGCUGUGCUCAGCCCCCUGCAUGAGGCUAAUUCUCGUAGUGGAUUGACUGUAGCUGCGUGCAUGAGGAGCACUGCGGAGCCAAUCACACAGGAACAGGAUAUGGAGCAGGAAACAGGAAGCGCCAGUCCCCAGGGACAUCGCAGUGAACAGUCUGGCCCCCUCCAAGUACUGCUGACGCCCAAUCAGAAGGGGGAAGAGGUCCGGCCAGCCUACCAGGAUGCAACCCUGGGACCUGGUCAGCCCCCUCUCCACUCAUCCCUCCCACGCCCUUCCACCAACAACCCCCCAGCACAGGUUGAGGAGGGUGAGAAGAGGGAGCGGGUGAGGAGGGGUGAGGAAGGACAGGGGAUGAGCCUGGAGGAGUUGUUACAGGUUGGGGGUGUGAGACCUGCUGGCAGACACCUGGCCAUCUCUCUCCCCUCUCUAUCUCUCAGACUCUGGGAUAUAUCUCACACACACGCUCCCCCCUCACACACACACUCUUACUCUGACCCCCAAUACACACACCCUCCACCCUCACAUACAAACCCUGAGCACCCACACACACACUCCGACCGUCCACCCACCCCCUGCUCCUCCCGCAGUCAGCCCCACCCCUCACCCUCCACUGCCUCUCCACAUUGGCCCGAUCAAGGUUCCGCUGCCAACACCGUCACACGUCAUUGGUCCUCCUGGAGCGUGGACCGCCCAGAUGCCGUGGUUACGCCAUAUGACACACCUCCAGACCGCCGCCUCCCCUUUAGGCCACACCUCCCCUACCGAAACUACAACUCCCAGCCUGCCCCUGGGCAGCAUGACCCCUGUGACCCUGAGGAGGCAGAGUUUUCAGAGCUGGACUUCCUAUACCGGGCCAGCCUCCAGGCAGGAUGUAGAGGUGGUAGCCCGGUCAGGAGGCUGCAGUGUGGGGUAGGAGGGCCAGCUCGUUCCCUCACCCCCAAUGCCAACAUGGAGAGGAGUGUGUACCAGAUUGACUGCAGCAGCACAAUGGUCCGCAGUCUGAGCGGCACAAUCAUCAACCCGCGUCGCCAUCGUCUCACCGCAACACGCAGCUUUGCUCCUUCCAGGCCAGCCCCCUGGGGUCCUAACCCUCCACACCGCUACAGGCUCCUUCCAGGCCAGCCCUCUGGGGUCCUAACCCUCCACACCGCUAUAGGCUCCUUCCAGGCCAGCCCUCUGGUGUCCUAACCCUCCACACUGCUACAGGCUCCUUCCAGGCCAGCCCUCUGGGGUCCUAACCCUCCACACCGCUAUAGGCUCCUUCCAGGCCAGCCCUCUGGGGUCCUAACCCUCCACACCGCUACAGGCUCCUUCCGGGCCAGCCCUCUGGUGUCCUAACCCUCCACACUGCUACAGGCUCCUUCCAGGCCAGCCCUCUGGUGUCCUAACCCUCCACACCGCUACAGGCUCCUUCCAGGCCAGCCCUCUGGGGUCCUAACCCUCCACACCGCUACAGGCUCCUUCCAGGCCAGCCCUCUGGGGUCCUAACCCUCCACACCGCUACAGGGUCCUUCCAGGCCAGCCUUCUGGGGUCCUAACCCUCCACACCGCUAUAGGCUCCUUCCAGGCCAGCCCUCUGGGGUCCUAACCCUCCACACCGCUAUAGGCUCCUUCCAGGCCUGCCCUCUGGUGUCCUAACCCUCCACACCGCUACAGGCUCCUUCCAGGCCAGCCCUCUGGUGUCCUAACCCUCCACACCGCUACAGGCUCCUUCCAGGCCAGCCCUCUGGGGUCCUAACCCUCCACACCGCUACAGGCUCCUUCCAGGCCAGCCCUCUGGGGUCCUAACCCUCCACACCGUUACAGGGUCCUUCCAGGCCAGCCCUCUGGGGUCCUAACCCUCCACACCGCUACAGGCUCCUUCCAGGCCAGCCCUCUGGGGUCCUAACCCUCCACACCGCUAUAGGCUCCUUCCAGGCCAGCCCUCUGGGGUCCCAACCCUCCACACCGCUACAGGCUCCUUCCAGGCCAGCCCUCUGGGUUCCUAACCCUCCACACCCCUAUAGGCUCCUUCCAGGCCAGCCCUCUGGGGUCCUAACCCUCCACACUGCUACACUGUAAGCCCCAAUGUGCUGUCAUUACUCAAAACUUUUGAGGAAACUCAUUGCACUUAAUAUAUACAUUUUAGUCAUUUGGCAAAUGCUCUUAUCCAGAGUGACUUACAGGAACCUCUAAGCCAUGCCUCCAAUAGAAUUUCCCAGUGUGCCUUGCCUUUUUGAGUGAAUUGUAGAGUUACCAUGACUGUAUUUGUUAGUGACAUGGUUGUUGAAUUCAUUCAUUUUAUAUUUGUCCUGUGACCUUCACCAAUUGAAUUCCAAGGUAAAUGUUAUCAUUAUAAUUAUAGUCUUUAUUACUUAUCUCAUAAGGCCUUAUUUUGAGGCCUAGUGUUACCCUAAUACAGUGGCCUGAAAUUCAUGGUUUACAGGCCACAUCAGGCCUGCAAAUAGGGUUGCAAACUUCUGGAAGCUUUCCCAAAAUUACUUGAUUUUCAAAAAAAUCCUGGUUGAAGGAUUUCUGCACAACGUACCCAAUUUUUGCCAUCCCUACCUGCAAAUCACAUUAGGCUGGCUUGCAAAGUGAUGUGUAAAACAGUUGACAUUUUAAUUUACCCACAACCUGCAUUUAUAAUGACUGCCAGGGUUAGAAACCAUUUAAACUGGAACAACCAUUUCAGUAAUGGGUGCCAAAAAAUCUAAGUAAAUGAUCGAAUUAGUUUAGAUUUUUUUUAAAUGUAUCUUUGUGUAGCAUAAGAUUAAUCAAUCACUCAAUGUACAUGCAAAAACACAUAUGAAAAACUAUUUUAAAAAAUCUGUCUGCAGUAGAGCAUGCUGGGGGAAAAAUUUGAUUUGUUAUCAUAACUUAAAAGAGUUGAUGUGACCUCUCACUUAGUUUUGCGUCAGUACCACAUAAACAUUUGAAGUAAAAGUGACAUUUCAUUGAUUUAAGUUAAAAAUGCCUUGGGGUUUACAUUGUACAGACACUUUCCAGGGCAGCCCUCUGGGGUCCUAACCCUCCACACUGCUACAGGCACUUUCCAGGGCAGCCCUUUGGGGUCCUAACCCUCCACACUGCUACAGGCACUUUCCAGGGCAGCCCUCUGGGGUCCUAACCCUCCACAAUGCUACAGGCACUUUCCAGGGCAGCCCUCUGGGGUCCUAACCCUCCACAAUGCUACAGGCACCUUCCAGGGCAGCACUUCACCUCACCCACCGCCACAAUAGGGGGUUGACCAAGGACCCCCCCUUUCCCCAAAAACGCACCUCUCCCCACCUUCGCCGCUAGUGGUCUUCUGAACUCACCACUACUCCCAUCUCCCAUACGGGGAAAAAAAUGCAUUUAAAAUAUAUUUUUGGGAUGCAGCUUAGGAUACAUGUGAAAUUUAAAACAUUUGCCAAAUAAUGUAUUUUUUAUUCAUUUGUAAAUGUAUUUUAAUGUGUGACAUACAAUUGCAUAUGUAUUCGGAAUAUAUACAUUUGUAUAGAAAUAUAUUAUUUGGCGAGUUUGGGCUGUCGCCCCUCCCUGCCCUUUUCCAACUAUUAUGUCUAUGCAGUCAUUCUCAGCUCCCCUCAGCAGGAAUUACUCUGAAACCCCAAACUAGAAAACAACAAACUCAUCUAAUUACUCUUCUGUUAGCCUCCUAAUAUGGACCGACUCUGAACGUUAGCCUGCUAGCCUGCCCCUCUUUGGGUCUAUAAAGGAGAAAGUAGAUUAGCUAGCCUGGUUUAGCCUCUAACCACCCUGCUUUACCUGCCCCAAUCAGAGGGGCUCUGGAACCUUCAAAUUGACAGAUCCAAAGGGGGAGGGGGUUAACGACGCCUCUUCCUCUUUCUUAAUGGACAUUUCCUGUCAAAUGAUGGCACACCACACCUGGCUGUGCUGUUUCCAUGGCAACCCCUGGACUAGUGCGUACGUGCCUACAUAGCUACCUAUAGACUGAACUCUAAUAAUAACUAAAGUCAUGUACAGAAACACUAUAUAUGAAACCUGUAUGUUAUUAAGACCUUAUGGAAUGUUCAUAUUAAUAAUGAUAAUAAUGAAGAUAUCGAUAAUUUAGUGGUACCUACUGGUUCUGGAGUGAGUGACCUUCACAAGUGUCCAGCUGGAGGUAACCUGACUGUCAGUUGUAGCUGCCAACGCUGCGCUCUCAUUUCUACCGGGAGAAACUACCAGACGCUUCAUUUUCUCUUAGUUUAUUUUUUGUAUAUAUUUUUUUUCCAGAUAACGGUAGCUAAAUGGAACAAACUUUUGCACACCUAAAGUAAUGUGAUAAAGAGCUAUGAUAGAGGGAGGGUAAGGGAACUCAAGUGUACUUUGGGAAGUAUAUUUGCUGAAGGGUACUUUUUGAAGUGUACUUAAAGGCUAAAUGUUUAGUUGAGGCCUCAGGUUAACAUGAUUGGUUCUUAGUUACUGAAUCGUCCUUUGGACCUUUGUCCAGCUCUGACCCUGAUGUUACUCAGAUAUGAAUGGUGAAACACUAUAUUAUAAAUAUACUUCAUAUAUGGUAUGUACUAUAUGUACUAGAGAUAUAUUUUAGGCUAUGCCGUGAUAUAUUUUAUUAAUGGGAAUAGUCUCUCAUCCUCCAGUUAUAACAUAGUUAUAAAAUGUUAUAAGUAAGUAACACAGUUUAUUUAUCUGAUGUAGACUUAACUGAAAUAUACUGACAUGUCUUGAAAUUUUACGAUAUGUUUUAUUAACCUACUGAACAUGUUAUGUCAUAAUAUGUACAUAGCAUGUCUAUGUACAUACACAAUAUGUACAAAGAUAUAAUACAUUAUAACUAAUCCCUAUUUGGAGACUAGUGGCCGGUGCAGAACGAGAUCGAGACAGAACUGAUAAAUGACUGGUGUAUCUAAACCAAAGGUUGGCACUUAGACAAAGAUCUCUGUCUUUAACAUUGUCAUUUUAUUUAUUUAAAUGUAUCUGUUUGUUUUGUUAUUGUCGUUUGUGUUGUGGACGUGGGAGAAUGUAGCCAACUGUAGCGCAUGAGUCCGCUAUGCAAAUUAACCUUCCCUCCUGACCCUUGACCUCUGACCUGACAGACCGGAAACAGGAAGUGGAUACGCCCACGAACGGACACUUUAUUUACAAAAUGAAGUACAGAAGAUAGAUGAUUAAAUGCUGCUGUUGAACUCUGUAGUAAGUCAUAGGCUCGAUCCCAAAUGCCACCAUAUUCCCUACAUAGUACACACCACUUUUGGCCAGAGCCCGACAUAGGGAAUAGUGUGUGAUUUCAGACUUGCGCCAUAUACAGUUGAAGUUGGAA